UGGCCUUGGCGCGGUAUUUGUUGAGCAGUUAUUUUUAGUUAAACGUGUAAACGGUUGACAAAGAGUUUGUAUGAUUUCGCUGGAGCUGAUGAUGGUAGGGUGGCAGCCUAGUUUAGGACCUUAGACCAUGCAAGUACCGCUUUCCGCGUGUAAUUACUGUAGAGCCCGCAUAUGCGCACUAAACACUGUCGUUAGGAAAUGUCACUAGAGACUGCUUAUUAAUACAGUACAGUAGCGCUUAAUAAUAGUAUAGUAAGAAGAAAUAAAAUCUACAUCACACCUGAUCAUAAACCAAAACAAGCGAUAAGAAUAGUUUUAUGAAUACCCUGGCUGUCGAAAAGACUAAGGGCCCAUUUCUGUAGCCCUUGUAGUACCGGCGCUGUUUCUUUAAAAGGCCUCUCAGCAGGCUGUUAUGAAGGCGACAUGCAUCGCUUAGUAUCGACAGAGAUAUGCUUUCCCGACCCCUCCUGCUCUGCGCUGGCGCUAUUUCGGCCUUAAGUGAAGAGGAGGUUAGUAUUUGCCAAAUAAAUAAUAAACCCGUCCUUCAGCAAUGCGUGCCAGACUGGAGUGCGGUUUUAUUUUAAAACGAAUCCACAGCUGAGCGUCUCGGGGAGCCGAGAUUUUAAAUUUUAAAACCGGUUCAUUGAGCAUUCAUUGAGAAAGGUUAAACACGAGAAGAUUCCAUCUGCCCCGUUUGGUGACUCAAUAAACAGACACAUUGCUUAGUCGCGGGGAGCCGUCAAGCCUUUAACAAAAAUACAUAUUUAAAAAAAAAAACAUGAGUAUAUUGCUUUACAUGUCCAUUUAUCUAGGGUACGUUGAACAAUUUGGCGGGAUUCUGUAUGAUACUCAGAAUAGAGAGGGAAAUUAUCUACUUUCGCCGAAAGAGAAUGAGUAAAAAUGAGACUCAUCCGCACGGGGAAAGUAAGUGUGCAGAGACGCGUCCAUGGGCAGAAUUUGAUUAAUUUUAAUAGCAUUAUAAAAGAAUCCGCUUGUGAGUACUAGCAGGAGCAGUACCGGAGGCCCCGCCCACAGGGCGAAGCCCCCCGAGCGCUCAUUGGUGACGCUCUCCCAGAGCCCGCCCAGUCCAGGGACGUGCGCACGCUGAUUGGCGCAGCCUGCGUCACAGCGCGCCGUCCGGGGCUCCGAGCGGAGGCGCCAGACUUGAAUCUCGGAUCCGAGCGGCGGUCGCAGUCUGACGGGUUUAGGCGCCUCUUCUCGCCCGGUUUGUCUACCUUCAGAGACGGUGCAGACGUUGCCUCGCCUCGCCAUGGCCACUCCGCCCAAGCGAAUGUGCAUCAGCCCCACGUUUGACAACAGUUUUGAAAAAAGGACGAAGAAGAUUUCAGUAGAGGGCAACAUAGCUGCUGGGAAGUCGACGUUCGUGCGCCUCCUGGAGAAGACGUCCGACGAGUGGGAGGUGAUUCCGGAGCCGAUAGCCAAGUGGUGCAACGUCCAGACGAGCGAGGACGAGUUCGAGGAGCUCAGCACGUCCCAGAAGAGUGGGGGCAACCUGCUGCAGAUGCUGUACGACAAGCCCAGCCGCUGGGCCUACACCUUCCAGACCUACGCCUGCCUGAGCCGCGUGCGCUCGCAGCUGCGCCCGCCUCCCGCCAAGCUGCGCGAGGCCGAGCGGCCCGUGCAGUUCUUCGAGCGCUCCGUGUACAGCGACAGGUAUGUUUUCGCCUCCAGCCUGUUUGAGUCGGGCAGCCUGAACGAGACGGAGUGGGCUGUCUACCAGGACUGGCACAGCUGGCUGCUCAGCCAGUUCGAGUCGCAGAUCGAGCUGGACGGCAUCGUGUACCUGCGAGCCGAGCCCCAGAAGUGUAUGCAGAGGCUCCACCUGCGAGGCCGCGAGGAGGAGCAGGGCAUUGAGCUGGACUACCUGGAGAAGCUGCACUACAAGCACGAGUGCUGGCUCUACAACAGGACCACGAACGUUGACUUUGAAUACUUGAAAGACCUCCCGAUUCUGGUACUGGAUGUUAACGACGAUUUCAAAAACGACAAGAUCAAGCAAGAAGCCAUCAUGGACAAGGUUAAGGAGUUCAUGGGCACUUUGUAAGGCUUGGAUGAAAAGGGGAGCUGUGAAGCGUCGCACUUAAACCGGGUCUCCGGACAUGAAGAGACGUUUCCGGUGUUUCUGUUUCUGCUCGCAGGGCGGCAGUGUGGGGGCUGAGAGACACGAACAAACAGAGCCACAUCCCCACAUGACACACAAUGCAACCCUGUCCCUCUGUUCAGAUGUGCCUGGUCAUGAAGAAAUCUUUUUUUUAAAAAAAAACACCUACAAAGAUUUUCUUGUAGAGGUGAUAUUUUACGUGGAUCUCUUUGAUGCAUAAACAUUUUUAAUGUGAUUUUACUCAUUAUGGCCACCCUGUGUGUAAUAGCCUGUGUACAGGAAUGAAAGACCUUCUAUUGACCGAGUUCCUCCUCUGUGCUUUUACAAAGUGUUGGAUCCGCCUGUUGCUGCUGCUGGGGACUGGUUUUUCUUAGCAGAUUGACGACUCCAGGGCACACCUGGUUUCUCUGUGCAUGCCACAGAAGGGCUUCACACCUCAGCUUCUUUCUACACAACGCAUUGUUCUAAGGCAAACAUCAGGACCGUUAUCCUUUUGUCUCCCCUAGACUACAUUAACAGGUGGUAAUUGGUUAUAUUCUUGAUUGUUUGCACAAGUAAAACAAAAAUCUGCCUGCUAGUUAUAUUCCGGAUCCUGUGUGCAGGGGUUCCACUGAAUAUAACUUGAGUUCAGAGUGUGUCUGUACAUAUUUUACUUUGGCGUGUAUAUUUAUAAAGGGAAGGGUGGGGUUAGUGAUGCAUUUAUGCAGCUGAUAUUUUCAUAUAGAAAUGUAUUUAAAAUGCAAUGAAACUUCUGCAUUAAAGCUUGUACAAUUUUAA